AUGGAGAGCGAUACAGACGACACCGCAGAUGUUUUUCAAUCCAACAACCCAACCGCUCCAGUAAUCCCACCAUCCCAUAUUUCCCGGAUUUUCAGUCGUCUAAAGCGAAAGAAGAAGAAGAAGAAGCCCGCUGUCCCGGUUUACAAGCUCUUUUCGUUUGCGAGCCCACUAGAUAUAUUUCUUAUCUGUAUCGCAUGUAUUUGCUCUGCCGGUAUCGGUGCAAUUCAGCCAGCAUCCAUUAUAUUCUUUGGCAGUUUUGUGUCGAAUCUGACUGAACAGCUCUCGAACCCCACAGAUCUUUUAAACGCAACCAUGCCAAUGAUCCUGACGUAUGUCUAUAUUGGUACCGCUUCUCUUGUGGCGGCAUACAUUGCCAGAGCUUGCUGGAUAUUCACAGGCGAAAACCAGACCCGUAGAAUUCGGCAAAAAUAUAUGCACUCAAUUCUUCGCCAAGACAUGAGCUGGUUCGACAAGGCUGGAGAUGGAUCGCUCACAACUCGACUUGCAUCAGAUACACAAUUAAUCCAAGACGGAAUCUCUGAAAGAUUUGGUGAUCUAAUUACAGGCUUUGCCCAGUUUGUGAGUGGUAUUGUGAUUGCUUUCUCAAAAGGCUGGCAGCUUGCAGUAAUCAUCCUAGCUAUACUUCCGCUUAUGCUUGGAUCUGUCAUAGUCUUGGGUUACUACACAACCAAACUUACAUUGGACGCUCAGGCUUCGUACGCUGAUGCAGGCACAGUGGCCGAACAAGUAUUUGCUGGAAUCCGUACAGUCUAUGCAUUCUCAUUACAGAAACGAUUUUCGGAAAGAUACGAUGUCGAGCUUGACAAGGCUAAACACGCUGGUGUUAACCGAGGAAAAGUUGUUGGUUUCUUCUUCGGCUUGUUCGUGUUCAUACUAUUUUGUUCUUAUGGACUUUCACUCUGGUACGGCUCACAGCUCGUCGUCCGAGGGACAUUACAAGGGUCGACUGUCUUGGUUGUAUUUUUCUCAAUGAUGAUGGGAUCAAUGGCACUCAUCCAGUUACCGACCAGCCUUGUAUCAAUAUCUAGUGCAUCUGGUGCGGCCUACAGUAUAUUUGAAACAAUACAUCGUGUUCCCAGUAUUGACACUGACCAGAGUGAUGGAUUAGCUCCUGAUAGUAUAGUAGGAAAAGUUGAAUUUCGGCAUGUUCUGUUUCACUAUCCUACUCGCCCAAAUCAAACAAUCUUAAGAGAUUUGAGCCUAACCAUUCGCCCAGGCAUGACAGUUGCAUUUGUGGGACCUUCUGGUUCCGGAAAAUCUACAUCUGUUCAGCUUCUCCAACGAUUCUACGAUCCAGUAGAUGGUCAGAUAUUACUUGAUGGAAAUGAUAUUCGAGAAUACAAUCCAAUGUGGCUCCGACAAAAUAUUGGCGUGGUCAGUCAAGAGCCGGUUCUAUUUAACAUGAGCAUCCGCCAAAACCUGAUAAUGGGAACCUACAAGCAAGUAACGGAUCAAGAACUCAAGGAGGCAUGCAUUAAAGCAAAUUGUCACUCGUUUAUUACACAAUUAUCACAAGGGUAUGAAACAUUAGUUGGAGAGCAAGGUGGUAUGCUUUCUGGAGGCCAGAAGCAGCGAAUUGCCAUUGCUCGCGCAAUUCUAAAAAAUCCAACAAUUUUAUUACUAGAUGAGGCAACCUCUGCACUAGAUACACAAUCUGAGAGAUUAGUACAGCAUGCUCUAGAUGCAGUUUCAAAGGAUCGCACUACUAUAGUUAUUGCUCACCGUCUAUCGACCAUUCGUAACUCUGACCUUAUUGUUGUCAUGGAUCAUGGCGAGUUAGCUGAACAGGGCACUCACGAGGAGUUACUUGACAAGGGUGGGAUUUAUGCCGACCUAGUUUCAAAACAGGCCAUCGCCACAGAACGUGUGGAUCAGCACCAUCAUCCUUCGGCCCUAGAAAAGGAGAUUGAGGACCCUAAUGAAUUACUAUACCAAGAAAAAAAGGAGGUUCAUCAGCAGCAAGAGCAAUACAAGCAACAACAGCAAGACUCGGCAUUCCAGGAUGGUUAUGCACCAAUCUCAGAUCAGCACAAGGAGAUUGACGCUUAUGAACUCAAACUCAAAAAAAUGGCCGACAAAAAGAAGCAGAUGAAGAAGCAACGGGCACCGAUGCUCAAGGUCGUGCGACAGAUGCGACCAGAGUGGCCCCUCUUGGGAGUCGGUCUCCUGUGCUCAGCCAUUUCUGGGGCUACAUCUCCGUGCUAUGCGUUGGCGUUUUCGAAAGUCAUCACCCUGAUCACUUCUCCUAAUAACGUAGCUGCCAUAGCACCUGGUCCGUUCCAGGGAGCCAACCUGUUUGCCUUCUUCUUCUUUAUUAUUGGAAUUGGUGCCUUUGUAGGCCAUGGGGGUCAAUUGGCUAUAUUCAACUUGGCAGGAGAAAGGUACACAAAACGUCUUCGGAGUGAGAUAUUUCGGGCCUACAUGAAGCAAGAGAUCGGGUUUUUUGAUCAGAGUGACAAUACAGUUGGUGCAUUAACUUCCAAACUCUCUAUCGAUGCAAAGAAUGUGAAUGAAAUGGUUACAAUGGUGUGGGGAGAUGUUACCCAGUUGAUUGUAACUGCAAUAGUUGGUCUUAUUAUUGCUUUUAGUAACAGCUGGCUCCUGACGUUAAUUAUUCUUUGCAUGGCUCCGUUUAUCAUUUCUGCGACAAAUUACGAAUCCCUUAUUCAUCGUGGAUUUGAAGACAAAACUAAGCGUGCAAACCAGGAGAGUGGCGAAGUAGCUGGUGAGGCUAUUAAAGAAAUCCGUACCGUGGUGUCUCUGAACCGACAAAAAUACUUUGAGGACAAGUACUAUAAAGCUACCGAACGACCUCAUCGACUUGCCAUGCGCAAGGCAUAUCUAUCCUCCAUCGGAUAUGCUCUCUUACAAGGGAUCAUGAUUUACACUAACGCGGUGGCUUUUUACGCUGGCGUACGGCUAAUCAUGGGAAAAUACAUUGACUUUAACCAGAUGUUUAUUUCGAUGACGGCAAUUAUGAUUACAGCUCGGAGUGUAGGCCGCGGAAGCGUAUUUGCAUCUACAUAUGCCAAAGCCAAGUACUCAGCUAUUGCAUCUUUUGAGAUUAUUGAAAGGCACCCUACUAUCGACCCGGACCUUGAAGGGAUCGAACCUAGCCAGAGUACAAUCAGAGGUGAUGUUGGAUUUGAGAAUGUUGGGUUUAGUUACCCUACUCGCCCUGAUCAUCAGAUAUUCUCGGGUGAGUUUAACAUGGAUACCCUGGCCGGCCAGACGGUUGCCCUGGUGGGUCCUUCAGGAUGUGGCAAGUCUACAACGAUUGGAUUACUGGAGCGAUGGUAUGAUCCAUUUUGUGGAAAAGUGAGUCUAGAUGACAAAGAUGUCCGAACCUUUGAACUCCACAACCUGCGCAGCCACAUGGCUUUGGUUGGACAAGAGCCGGUGUUAUUCGAUUACUCGAUUGGUGACAAUAUCAGGUUUGGUGUAUGUGAUGAUGAUAGUAGUAGUGGUAAUAAUAACAAUGGUGGUGGGAAUAUCCCAUCUCAAGCAGAUGUUGAGGCUGCAGCCAAGGGAUCAAAUAUCCAUGAUUUUAUCAACGGACUUCCGGAUGGGUAUGCCACCCGAGUUGGGGACAAGGGAUCCCAAUUAUCGGGUGGACAGAAGCAGCGGAUUGCAAUUGCUAGAGCUCUCAUGAGACAACCUCGACUACUGUUAUUGGACGAAGCAACAUCUGCACUGGACAGCGACUCUGAAAAGGUUGUGCAGGAAGCCAUUGAUGCUAUUCUGGUUCAGGGUGGCAGAACUACCAUUACGAUUGCUCACCGACUGUCAACAAUUCAGAAUGCUCAUCUGAUAUGCGUUGUGAAAGAUGGGCGUGUGGUUGAGCAGGGAACACACUGGGAUUUGUUGGAUUUGGGAGGCGUCUACAGCCAACUUGUUCGUGAACAAUCUUUGCAGGCUCACUAA